GCAGAGAGAGAGAGAGAGAAAAAGGGAGAGAGGCAUGGUGUGAUGGUGUUGUAAGAGGAGAAUGGAAGGGAGGGGUGUGCUAACGUGGCUGUGAGGCACAGUGAAGCUUAGACAUCUCUGGGCUGAGCUCACAUGCAGUGUUGCCACCGAGCAGACGGAGAACAGCUUUCUCCCUGGAGAAACCCAAAAAACACUGCUAUCACGCUCCUCCACUCAUUCACGUUGUGCAGGGCCAUCACUCUCUAACGUCCCCAGCGGUGGAGGAGGCUUCAUCAGGCAUAGCAGCAUCGUCUCUCACUCUGGAGGUUUGGAUCCACAACAGACUAAGACUUGGCAUUUGUCUAUGGGAAUACCUCACUCCAGCACCGUGUAGUGAAUCUUUAAGCUUCGGAGGUAUCCCAAACCUGUUGGAUAGACCACUGAAGAGCUUUCCAGGCUUUCCCGGAAGUCGAGGAGCUGUUCUCUCUAAGAGUGCUGAAGCAGCUGGAGUUAUGAUUCUACAGGUGUGUGUUUGUGACCAUUAAGGAAUCUUUCUUGGACAACUCUUACAGAUGCGAAUCGUCACUGUCACAGGAAGACCUUAUAACCAUUUUUUAAACCUAUUUUCACCUUUUAUUGUUUUUGCACUAUUUAAAAAACACCAUCUGCUUUUGUAAUGUGUGAACUUUCAUGACGUAGAAACAUUGAAAAGCAAAGUGUAAUUGUUUACGUUAAUUGAUGUUAAAAUAGGAGCUUUUUUCUCUUAUAAAGUUACCAUUUUUGACACAGAAAGUUUUCGUAGGACAGCAGUGCUAUAAGCCUGCAGGUUUGAGGGCACGUCAGCGGGAGAGUGUGCACUUUUGACUGAGCUUUCAGGUGCCUCAGGCGAGUUGCAUACAAGCCUCCGGGACAGGUGUAAGGGCUCAUCAGCUGAAGACUCUGACAGGUGUGUGUCUUCAUUUGUCGGGCUUUGAGCAUGACUGCCAUGCAGAAGCUGCUGCAGCUGCCGGUCAAUGCAGUGAACAUAGUGAAGACAGUGCAGGGGGUGGCACAGGGUCAGGAGGAGGCACGAAGCCCUGUGCUGACGCCGGACAGUGGGCAGCAGAACUGGUACAGUGCCGUCCAACCCGAGGAGCUCCGACACCUCCGCACCGCCAGCACGACAGGUGGAGGAGGUGGAGAGGGAGGGGGCGAGUGGGGGGAGGACAGAGGCACACUGGAGGAAGGGCUCUCCAGUGCCCAGACACAACCGCUGCGGCAUGAUGACUUGAAGGAGAUGCUGGACAGCAAUAAGGACUCUCUGAAACUGGAGGCCAUGAAAAGGAUUGUUGCGAUGAUUGCAAGAGGGAAAAAUGCAUCUGAUCUCUUUCCUGCUGUGGUGAAGAAUGUGGCCUGCAAGAACAUUGAGGUAAAGAAGCUGGUGUAUGUGUAUCUAGUGCGCUAUGCUGAGGAGCAGCAGGAUUUGGCUCUGCUCUCCAUCUCUACAUUUCAGCGGGGACUCAAGGAUCCUAAUCAGCUGAUUCGUGCGAGCGCUUUGCGUGUUCUCUCCAGUAUCAGAGUCACUAUCAUUGUGCCCAUUAUGAUGUUGGCCAUUAAAGAGGCUGCCUCUGAUAUGUCUCCAUAUGUCCGCAAGACAGCCGCACAUGCCAUCCCCAAACUCUACAGCUUGGACCCUGAACAGAAAGACCAGCUUAUUGAGGUCAUUGAAAAGCUGCUUGCUGAUAAAACCACUUUGGUAGCAGGCAGUGUAGUGAUGGCAUUUGAGGAAGUAUGUCCGGAGCGGAUUGAUCUGAUCCAUAAGAACUACCGUAAGCUCUGCAAUCUGCUGAUUGAUGUGGAGGAGUGGGGUCAGGUGGUUAUCAUCAACAUGCUCACCCGCUAUGCCAGAACCCAGUUUCUCAACCCUAACAUUAAUGAGUCACUUUUGGAAGAGGGAGGAGAAAAGGCUUUUUAUGGUUCUGAUGAUGAUGAUGAUGAUGAUGAUGAUGAUGACGAUGAAGAGAAAAAAGCCGAGGCCGCUGCUCUGGCCAAGAGGAAGCCCUACGUUAUGGACCCUGACCACCGACUGCUGCUCAGAAACACCAAACCCUUGCUACAAAGCCGCAAUGCUGCGGUGGUGAUGGCAGUGGCUCAGCUGUAUUUCCAUCUCGCUCCAAAAGCAGAGGUCGGCGUCAUUGCCAAGGCUCUGGUGAGGCUGAUGAGGAGCCACAGCGAAGUUCAGUAUGUAGUUCUACAAAACGUUGCUACCAUGACCAUCAAAAGGAGGGGGAUGUUCGAGCCAUACUUGAAGAGCUUCUAUAUCCGGUCCACUGAUCCCACACAGAUCAAAAUACUGAAGCUUGAAGUUUUAACAAAUCUGGCAAAUGAAACAAACAUAUCAACAAUUCUGAGAGAGUUUCAGACCUAUAUCAAAAGCAUGGAUAAGGACUUUGUGGCAGCCACAAUCCAGGCCAUUGGCCGCUGUGCCACUAACAUUGGGGAGGUCAGAGACACCUGCCUCAACGGUCUGGUACAACUCCUUUCAAACAGAGAUGAGCUGGUAGUAGCUGAGUCUGUGGUGGUAAUUAAGAAGCUCCUGCAGAUGCAGCCAGAGCAGCACAGUGACAUCAUCAAGCAUAUGGCCAAGCUCACAGACAACAUACAGGUGCCGAUGGCGAGAGCCAGCAUCCUGUGGCUAAUUGGCGAGUACUGUGAACAUGUACCUAAAAUUGCUCCUGAUGUUCUGAGGAAGAUGGCAAAGACAUUCACCAAUGAGGAGGACAUUGUCAAGCUGCAGAUAAUCAACCUGGCUGCCAAACUCUACCUGACCAACUCCAAACAGACUAAGCUCCUUACACAGUAUGUGCUCAACUUGGCGAAAUAUGACCAGAACUAUGACAUCAGAGACCGGGCACGGUUCAUCCGUCAGCUCAUUGUCCCUACCGAUAAGAGUGGAGCUCUAAGCAAAUAUGCCAAGAAACUUUUCCUUGCCCUCAAACCUGCACCUGUGCUGGAGUCUCCGUUUAAAGACCGAGACCAUUUCCAGCUGGGUUCGCUGUCUCACCUGCUGAAUGCCAAAGCAGGCGGCUACCAGGAGCUGCCUGACUGGCCCGAGUCGGCACCUGACCCCUCCGUGCGCAACGUGGAGGUUAUUAGGCUGCUCGAAAGAGUCACGACUCUAACCAGCGUUCCAGAAUGGACUAAAUGCACCAGCAGGAAAGAACGAAAGGAGAAGAAGGUAGAAAAGCCUUUCUACUCUGACUCGGAGGGAGAAUCUGGACCCACAGAGUCAGCUGACAGUGAGUCGGACUCAGGUAGUGGGUCACAGAGUGGCAGUGAGGAGAGUGGCUCUGGUUCAGAGAGUGAAGAGAGUGAGGAGGAAUCGGAGUCUGAGGAGGAAGAGGAAGAGGAGGAAGAUGAAGAGGAAGAGAGGGCAAAGAAAAAGAAGAAAGUAGACAAGAGCAAACCUAAGAAACCUGAGAGUGCUGAGAGUGAUCAGAGCAGCGGAGAGGAGCAGAAGAGAAUCCGAAAAGGAGGGAAGGACCGGAGAAGUGGCACUGAGUCAGAGAGUGAGGAUGAGAGCGAGUCUGAGAGCAGUGAGUCCGAGUCAGAGUCUGAGGAAGAGUCCGAGUCAGACACAGACAUCAAGAAGAAGAAGAAGACAGCUGCAUCAAAGCCACCUCCAAAGCAGACCAAAAAAGAAAGCAAGAAAGAGACCAAGGAAAUGUCACUACUAGAUCUGGAUGACUUUGAGCCUACACCCUCACCUCAAGUGACCCCCGUCAACAGCUUCCUGUCCAACAGUCUGGUGACUGAUCUAGAGGGCUUGUCACUGACGGACACGGUACUUGCCCCCACUACUAUCGCCCCAUCCAGCUCUGUGAGGCUGUAUGAGCUGUUGCACCGGAUCACGGGCGAGGGUCUAGCAGUGGAAUACUGCUUCAGUAGACAGCCCUUUAGUCCUGACCCUCACAUGGUGGCUGUGCAGAUCCAGUUCACCAACAACACUACUUCUGAGGCAAAGAGCUUGCACAUAGAAGAGCCCAAACUGCAGUCUGGCAUGAGGAUCAAGGAGUUUCCAGAAAUUGAGGUGUUACCUGCAGGCGAGUCAGUUAAUGUAGUAAUGGGCAUUGAUUUCUGCGACUCCACACAAGCAGCCAACUUCCAGCUUUGCACUCAUAUCCGGAAGUUCUUUGUGUCGAUUCAACCACCAGUGGGGGAACUGAUGACGCCUGCCUUUCUGACAGAGAACGAGUUUAAGAAGGAGCAAGAGACACUAUUACAUGGUCAGCUGAUGGGAAUGAAUGAGAUCUCAGAGAAGCUAACCCUGGGGGAGAAGUGUCAGAGCGAACAUGUCAUCGUAGAAAGAGUCACCUCCACGGCUAACCUCAGCAGAGUACCCUGUGGUUCAGAUAAAGAAAGCAGGUUUGCUGGGAAAACCGUCAGCAGCGGAAGCCUUGUGCUGGUCACUGUAACAAGGAAGGAUGGAGCAGGAGCCCUGCUUACGGUGAACUGUGAAAAGAUGGUGAUCGGUACGAUGCUCGUGAAGGACAUCCUCCAAGCUCUGACGCAGUGAUGGCUGCCUCUUCAGCUCUCCUCCCUGCCCCCACCCUCUCUGCAUAUAUCUGUAGCAAUGUGUAGACGUUGCCUCGAUGCUGUGCAUUGAUGUUGGACCAGCUUCCAUUACUCAAUGCUUAUUUAAAUACUGUUAACUGUUAUGAGAGGGGAUAUAAAUAUAAAAUCUCAGAUCAGUAAUCACUUGGGAACAUUUAACCAUUUUGCACAUACUGUAUACACUUCCAAUAUUUAUUUAUUUUUGUCCCCAAAGAUCAGAAUAUAGCUGAAUACAAUACACACAAGCACUCGUCCGUAAAAAUCUCCAGUUAUCUCUUAAGUUUGCAGAAUGUUGCAUGACCCACUUUCAACGUUUUAACUCCUUCAAUGACCAGGGCAUACCAGUAGGCCCAAGUUUUGUUACACACCUCUGUAAGUCAAGCUCAGCCAGUUUGCAUUCAAGUCCCUGUAGCUACUUAAUGAUAAUAACACCUGUAAUAUGCCUGGGAUAUUAAGGGGUUAAAAGAAUUAUAGACAAGAAGGUCUAUACUUGCCAAAUAUCCAAACAGGACAUGUCUGUUUAAAGUGUGUAAUUCAGUUUAAUGUAAUUUAUUUAUUGAUUUUUUUUUAACACAGAAAAUCUUACAGCACAUUCUGUAUGUACAAUGUGAACAGUGUGAAGCAAGAUAUCCUACUUACAGAUGUACAUGAGUUUAAUUAUACACAAAGUCAUACACACGUAGUUUUGAAGCCCAUUUAAGGAAUUAUUUCAAUGGUUCUGAACUCUGGUAUUGGGGAUCCUAUGUCCUGCAUAGUUUCAACGGUUUUCUGUCUUAAUACAUCUGAUUCCGCUCAUAAAGGGCCUGUUAAUUACCUCAUUAGCUGGAUCAGGUAUCCUGAGGCAUGGAUUGUCUGUCACUAUGCAAGACAGGCUUUCCCCAGGACAUUUUCUGUUAUUGUGUAACAGACUCAGUGAAUCAUGACAAUCAGACUUUGUUUCAGCAAAACCUAAUAUAUGUAUGGCAGUGUAUUCUGGACUCAAAUUCAAAUGCAGAUUUGAAAAUGCUAAUUGAAAUAUGUAUUUAUAACUGUAUUUCCCAAGUGAGUGUGCAAAAUGUAUUUGCGUUUGCAUUUUUGUGUAUAAUGCGUCCAAGACCACAUACUACUAUAUUAUAUAGCCAAACAGAGCAAUAGUAGAAUGUGUUUUUGGAAGCAUAUAAACUUUUGUGGUACUGGCACACUUGUUUACAAUAUGGAGGCAACAAUGGCAACCACUUGCCAACCGGGCCGUGGAUAAUUCUGCGCAGCGUCAUUCUAUGUUGUUUGGCGUGGAAGUGACUUACGACCAACUAGGAGCACCAAUGUUAGUGACACAGUGACUGGCUUCAGGCAGAGGCUCACAGGCUGUUGGAGAAACACUAGUCCUAGACAAACACUACAUGUUUUAGUGCUUUCCCUGUUUUAACACACUUGUUACAAAUAGGCAGGGAUUAACAGAUUUAAUUGCUUUUCCAAAUUUUCUAGCUAUUCCACACAGAAAUACAAAUGCAACUACAAAUUUUGCAUUUGAAUUUGUAUUAUGUCUUAAGUAAUUUGAAAAAAAAAAAGGCUGGAAUAUGCUGCCAUAAAUCUGUGUACUUAAAAGCAGAAACAUUGCUUUGUUUCCCAUCUUAAACACAAUAUAUGGUGCAUUUACAUCAGUAUCCAAUCAAAACCAGACUGUUCUGACAUUAAACAAAACAGGGUAUUGCAUUCACCCAAGUGAAAAUUCCACUGUCGUGAUAAUCAAAGCGUCCUGUCCACUUGUUAAGCACACCAAUGUGCUGAAUAUCAGGAAAGGUAUCAGUACUUCUGCUAAAGAAAAAAAACCUCAUUCACAGUAACAGCAAAUUGCAAAAAACAUGAACUGUACAAUGUAUAACUCAUUUCUGCCUGCCUUUACAUCGUAGGUAAACAGUAGGGUAACAAUCUGUAAAUUUCAAUGUGUGACAAGUAUGGCUAUAUGAGAAUCCCAUCACAGUUAUCCUUUCAAAGAACCGUGCUGCUUAGACUGUGUUGCCAUGUUUUUGCCUCUUUUGAGUUUGUAAUUACACACCGUAACUGCACAUGUUCAUCUGGGUGUCCUCCCAUAUUGUAAUGACAGACAAAAUGUAGACUUUGUGCUUAGUUUGGAUGUUAUUGUAUUAUUUAUUUUCAUCAAUUUUGAGUUUACAACAGAAAAUGACAAAUGGUCUAUAGAAAUGAUGGUGGGUUGUGCGAUGCAAACCAAUGUUUGAGUAGCAGUUGUUGAAUGAGUAAAUAGUAAAUCACAGGUUAAAUCCUUGUUAUGUUUUCCCCAAAGAGACCCAUUGCAGAUGAUGCUAGAACAUGCUAUAGGAAUCUUAAUGCAGAAUAAUUUAUUGGUGUUGCAUCAUUAUGUAGUUAGCAUCCUGUAUUCCAUCAGUUUCAGCAUUGAGGAGGGAGCAUUGUGGGCCAUGUCGUGGAGGAGGUAGCAUUAGAUUUUUUCAACAUAAAUUAUAUUUAUUUCUUCUAAUGUAAUAUUUAUUUCUUAAGUUUUUUUCUUGUUAAAGGAACUGCUAUAGCAAAGUGGCUGACAUUCAUUUGCUACUGUUCUCACAGGCCUGUGCUUUUUCAUGUGCUUUGGUUGAAGAUACAAAAGUCAUCAUGCUCCAUUAUUUAGGGUCAAGUCUAGCUGCUACAGCUGCAAAGGACAGUCAGGAUGGCGCGCUGUGUGGUGGGUGGUGUCUCAGUCAGAGGAUGGUGAGCAGGGGUAGAUGUGUACAGUGUGGUUAAGAUGAAGGUUUUGGCCAGGGGGUUGUAUUUUCUGUCCUUUGUGGUUGUGUCAUCUAGUCAGUAUCUAAUACUCAGUCUACCAUUUCCUUGCUGUGUGAUUGUGAAAUAUUGUUACUUUAUUUAUGUUUUCAAAUGUCAAUAAAAUGAAACUCUGCACUCA